UGCCGUAAUCUUAUAAUAAUCCCUUUAAUCGUUCAACUGAUGCGUCCUUGUGAAAAUGACCCGCGCUUCCAUGAUUGAAGAAGCUGUUUCUUCAUCCCGCGGAUCCCUAAUGCGUCUGAUGCGUUUUUCUCCCUUCUACGUUCGGACAAGAGAUUGGACGAACCUCAAAAGCCCCCAAUUUCUUCUCCUUCUUCCUCCUCAGAUAGCCCUUUAUGACAUGAAUAUUUCUUCUCACAAAGGAAAAAAGUAUUGCUUUUAGAUAUAUAGUAAGCGGGGUUCGGUUGGAGGCGAAGAAGAAGAAACUGCAAGCGAGGACGAGGCGUGAGAAUGGGGGAAGAUGAAGUGCAGAAUGUCGUCGGUAGGUCCGCUGAGGAGAGUGCUCUUCCGGCGCCGGGACGGUUUGAUCCUCCUCCGAUGGACGUGUCGGAGGAUAAAUCGGUGAUUCCGACAUCUCCGGUGGAGAAGCCUGAUGAGGGCAAAGCACUGGCCGUCUUUGAGACAGAGAUUGUAGAUCCUCCAUCAACUGAGAAAAGCUAUGGCGGUUCCACUGAUAGAUAUGCUGUUCUUGCACGAGUUGAAACUCAGAAAAGAAUGUCUAUAAUUAAGGCUUGGGAAGAUAGUGGGAAGAUCAAAGCUGAGAACAAAGCAGUUAAGAAUAUGCAUGCUAUCAUGGCAUGGGAGAACACGAAGAAAGCAUCAGUAGAAGCUGAAUUGAGAAAGAUACAGGAAGACCUGGAAAGGACGAAAGCCGAAUACGCAGAAAAGUUGAAGAACAAGAUUGCUAUGAUUCACAAGGAAGCAGAAGAGAAGAGAGCCAUGGUGGAGGCCAAGCGUGUGGAAGAUAUUCUCAAGGUGGAAGAGAAGGCUGCAAAUUAUCGUGAAACUGGGGUUGCUCCUAAGAAGCUUUUGGGAAUGUUUUGAUGCCAUCGCUGUUGUUUUGUUGAUGUCAGUGAAUUGCUUUGUUUUUUAUGUGAUUGUAUAAAAGUUUAUUUUGAAAGAAUAAUUGUUUGGGGCAUUUACACCCAUUCCUCUCAAUUCUUAUGUAUUUACACAUACAAAACCUCAAUUUUACUUUGUUUGCAUUUGUACCGCCCAAAAUUUUCAUAUCAUGUCAAAAAUAUCACCAUUUUAACUUUUGAAAGGUGAAA